AUGUCUCUCAAGACUAUUGAAAUCCAGGGGAACUCCCUUGAGCCCACCGAGCAGGGGCCAGAUCUGCCACUUACUCCUCGUGAUGCCGAAGAUGCACGGGGUACAAAACAUAUUCUGAUACAGAGUAGAGGCCUUCUUAACACUGAUCAGAAACUGGAGCUCCAGUCCCUUGGGGUUCACAUCCAAACUUAUGUCGCCGAAUCCACAUAUCUUUGCGAAUACAGCCCUGACGAUCUCGCUGUUUUACGUGCGAAGAACUACAUACUUUACGCGAAUGUAUACCUGGAGGAUCUCAAGGCCAGUACUGUCCUCAAAGACGACGACGAAUCCGCACCAGCGGGCGAAGGGACCCAGGCGGCAUCCGAUUCACUGCAUGUGAACAUCCUAUUUCAUCAAGGCGUCGACGCAUCCUCUGACGCGAUUAAGGCUAAAGUCGCAGAGAUUGCCCAUGUUGAUGUGGCUGAUCUGAACACCAGUGGUCAAAAAGCAGUAUUGAAAGUCGAAAAGCGGUAUCUCCAAGGUCUGGCAGCAAUUGACGAGAUACGCACGAUUGAAAAAGUCCAGGAGAGAAAGCUCUUCAACAACGUCGCACGAGGAAUUAUCAAGGCCGAAGUGAAUGUGAACAACACUUCAUACCACGGUAGUGGCCAAACAGUCGCCGUGGCUGACACAGGCUUCGACAAAGGUAACAAAGUUGGGGACGUUCAUCCCGCGUUUACCAAUCGUGUGUCAAGACUAUAUCCUCUUGGGAAGUCAGAUGCAGCUGACCCGGAAUCCGUUGAUGACGAAGGCAGACAUGAAGGUGGUCAUGGCACCCAUGUCUGCGGUUCAGUCCUCGGUGACGGGGUGGCUCCACACUAUGGUGGCAAAGUUCAAGGGACGGCCCCGCAAGCAUCACUUGUCAUGCAAGCAUUGGCGGACGCGAACGGAUCUUUAGGAUACAUCAGCUCGCUUCCUAGCUUAGGUAACCUCUUCACUACACCUUAUGACAAUGACAAUGUACGAAUCCAUACAAACUCGUGGGGUAUUCCAUACUCUGGUCGGCAGAUUGCAUACAGCAUCAACGAUAAAGAUAACCACGCAGCCAUGGACAUCGACCACUUCAUAUGGACCCAUAAAGACAUGACCAUCUGCUUUGCCGCGGGCAAUGACGGGAGAGACCCUGGCAAACAUGGUGUAAUCGAUCUACGACAGCUCGGCUCCGAAUCAGCGGCCAAAAACUGCAUCACCGUCGGCGCCAGCGAGAGCCUCCGCCCAAACAUUGCUUUGAAGUAUUGGAUGUUCGACCACCACGGGGGCAACGAUUUCCCCUCCGACCCAAUCAAGAACGAUCUAGUCGCCAACGAUCCCGAAGGCAUGGCAGCAUUCAGCAGCCGCGGCCCCACAGCAGAAGGACGCAUCAAACCCGACGUCACCGCCCCCGGCACAACCAUCCUCUCCACCCGGGCCCGCUCUCUUUCAAGCGCCAUCGAGGCAUCCGACGACCCUGACUGGACAUUCAUGAACGGCACAAGCAUGGCCACGCCUCUCGUUGCAGGCUGUGUUGCCGUCCUUCGCGAAACGCUCGUGAAGAACGGAACACCGAAUCCGCCAGCUGCAUUACUCAAAGCCCUCCUCAUCAACGGCGCAGUUGACAUGAAGGGUCAGUAUCAGACCAAAGACGUCGGUCCCUCUCCCAACCCCAUCAGCGGCUGGGGCCGCGUCGACCUCGCCGGCUCCGUCAUCCUCCCCGGCUCCGCGACCGCCGGUUUCGGCAUAGGCGCCCCCCUCCGCGAGGGCGAAGCGCGUGGUUUCACUAUCAAAGUCCCCUCGAAAAUCCCCGGCGCUCCUGUCGGAGACCAGACUCCCCUGACGGCCAGAGCGUCGGGACUUAAGCUGAAAAUCACCCUCGUGUGGACGGACCCUGUUGGGCCGCUUUUGCAGAAUAAUCUUAAUCUCAUUGUUAGGGUGGGGGGUGUUGAGGAGAGGCAUGGCAAUAUGGGCACGGAUGAGGGGUUUGAUACCACCAAUAAUGUGGAGCAGGUUUCGUGGGAUAAUGUGCCGAGUGGUGAUGUGGGUGUCACGGUCAGUAAGACCGACAAUGAUCCUAAUUGUCCAAAAUCUUUUACUCCGCAGCGAACCAAUUUGCCUAUCUACCCAACAACACUAAGCAACAAAGCCAAGCCACCUCCAAGCGCCACCAUCGUCAGACCAGGCUCCACCGUCAACCCCACCCCAGUGAAUGGUGUGAUUGAUGGGUUGAUCGCCCCAGUAGGCACAGCCGGAGUCCCAUUACCAAUCAACCCAGUCCCUGACGCAGAGGCAGUAUUCGCACGACAAGCGCUCAAAUUCUUCGGCAGCUGCCCCCGACAGGCAGACAAAGGUUGUUGGAGAGAAAAAGAAACAAGCACUUACAACUCAGCUCCUCACUUGAACAAGAAGAGAAUUCGCACGGCGCAAGACUAUCCACAAACAGCACACAAUGGCAAACGCAUUCGCGAUCGUCCUGGCCGAGACAUCCACUCGCCGUCAAAGCGGCUGGUAAGCAUGAUUGCUUUUUCCCUCAUCAGCUCAAUUACGGCAGCACUCCAGGAGAAAGCACGUACAGUGCAAGCGGGAAAAACACUAAUAUCGCCCACAUCCUUCCCCACAACCUGCGGGCCUAGCGCAAUCGACGUCGCGGACGCGAUCGCGGCCGAUGCUAAGGAGCUGAGAGAUGCGUUGGCGGCGUAG